AUGCGUGGGGUGUGCAGCAUCAAAAGGAGAGAGCGAGGAAAGAGUCGACCGAGAGGCAAAAAUCCCCCGCCUCCUCAUCGUCGUCAACAGCGAAACGGAGAGGCGAAGGCGCGACGUUGGCGCAGCGGAAUAUUGCAGCCACUGAGGCACGACCCACGCGCCCUCGCCUCGCUGAAUGCCCUCACACGCCCAUGGGCGCUGGGGAAGCGGAGGUUCUUCUCCAUGUCGGUGCACGCCCGUCAUCGCCAACGCCGUUUUGUCGCUGCUGCUGCUGUUGCCGCCGUCGAGGGUCAGGCUGCAAAGGCGCAGGAUGCACGCAGAUGA